GUGUUUUCUUGUAAAGAUAAGACAAAAUGCCAGUUUAAUUCAUUUUCAUUUCAUUUUGGGACCAAAGUUAGGCUCAGGGCCUAACUUUAACUAACACCUGCCUUUUCAGCUGGAUUUUCAGUGUCAAACUCUUUGUAGAGUAUCUCAGACCACAUCCCAGGACUCAAGCCUAAGUUGUUAAAGCUUUGAAUGGCAUGUACUUGAAGAAAUGGUGAAAUGCUGUGCAGCAUAUGGAUGUAAGAAUAGAUUCAAAAGGCAGGACCAAGGCCAAGGUGCAAAUUAUAUUGCCUUUCAUAAUUUCCCCAAGUGUGUGAAAAGAGCAAGAAAGUGGAUCCAGGCAGUCCGACGCAAAGACCUAACUCUCAAGAGAGUCAUCAAGGGAAGUUUCACACUCUGCAGUGAACACUUUGUAAAGGAGGAUUAUGUUCCAUAUGGAGUUCGCCAAAAGCUACAAGACUUUGCAGUGCCAUCAGUGUUCCCAACGCACAUUGUGAAAGGGUAUGAUCCGAAGUUGCAGGUACACAAGGAAUGCGCGGCGUACAACUGUGUCUUCAAUGCGCUGACCAGGGAGAGGAAGGAGGACGUUCCGCUACAUGUAUGAUGUAAAAGGAAGCGGCAACUUUUAAUGACCUGAAACUUUGAAAAGAAUUCGUUAAGUCAAAAUGGGUGUACAAUGUUGCGCAGUCAAUUGUUCAACCUCUGCGAGGAGUAGUGUUUAUAAGAAUGGCACCGCUAGAAUGCAUAGGUUCCCGAGGGAUCCCACGCGGAGGCGCCAGUGGGCGAUCGCCGUCCGAAGGAAAGCUGACGAUGGCGGCCUCUGGGUGCCUCAGUAUGAGGCGACUAUCUGCAGUCUGCACUUCCCCGAGAAGGACAUGGACCGCACAGGUCAAACGGUCCGACUCAGAGAGGGUGUCGUCCCGACACUCUUCAACUACGCCGACCCGCCGCAGAAACAGCACCCCAGGGCUGCCAAAAAGCGGCUGCUGACACUGAAGGAACUCAAUGCUAUUCUGGAUCAGCAGCGGCACGUGGGUGGAGACGAACCCGUGACAGCAGCUCCCCGAGCAGGAGCGCCACUGCCACCGCCGUCGGAUGAACAGCAGCACGGUGAUGGAGACGAAGCAGCGACAGCACCUUCCCCAGCGGGAGCGUCACCGCCACCGUCGCCGUCGCCGAUGUCGACUCGGUCCUCCCCUGGCUCGACGCGACGGAAAUCUCUCCGCCUCCGCAAACUGUCAGCCAAGUACAGUCUACUGACACAGUCGCUGCAGAAAUAUGGCUUUAGAAGGGCUUCGUAUAGUGCUCUCGUCAAACGUUGCGUGGCAAGCACGGCACAGCGAGGUCAGAGAUCCAGCGAUUCACAGCAGAAGUCGUCGGCCGCCGACGAUCGGAGAGCUCCAGGCAGUGUGUCGUCGACCGAGCUGCCCCCGCCGUUGACCGCCCCAGAGCCGCUGGAUCUGCCGUACGGAGAGCUGACACGCCAUCUGUCCUCCGUGAAAACCAAACGGCAUCGGCUGCUACAGCUGCGGAAGACGUAUUCCGGUUUGGUGGACAAAAUCGAGUACCGGAAAUCCAACCCCCACUGGUGGUCAGCGAAGGCGGACGAACGAGUGCCGAAGCCGCCGCUAAUGACGCUUCGCCACGAGCCGACGAACCGCGCGCCGCUUCCUGAACCGAUGCCUCCUAUUAGUCGUGGAACGGUGCUGCCCUUGUCUCCGACUGAGGCGUGGAAAACGAUAUCCGCCCUGCGGGAGCAGGUGCUGGAUCUCCAGCUGCAGCUGAUGAACAGCCGAAUUCAGGUGCUAGACGGCGAGGUGCAGCUGCAAGACACCAUAGCUGGUCAUUACCGCUACAAGUCUGAGGUGAGAGAAGAACAGAAACAUACUCAGAAAGCUCAGAAGGCAGUCGUUCGUGAGGUCAAGAAGCGUUGUGACUUGCCGUGCCUAGUUUGCCCUGAGCUAAAACAAAAGUUGGAGAUCCUUCAGAGGGAUUCAGACAAGAAAGUGCGCCGUGCUGAGAAGUUGGGGAAGCGACUGGAGAAGAUCUUCACGCCUAUGCAGAUGCGUGUUCUUCGCACCGGCAAAAAGCCACGAUGGCUCGAAGAAGACUUCCGGCGCGCAAUCGAACUAAAAACGGUCGUCAGCCAUCGCGGCUACACCUACAUCCGACAGACGAUGCGCAUUCCGCUGCCGACCACGUUCAUCCUCAGUCGAGGCGUCGAGCGCUACAAGUCGCUGCAGCCACUCUACGACAAGAUGGUGAUCAAAAACAAAAAGAAGGUCUGGAAGAAGGGUGAAAAGAGCGGCACUGCCCUGUCAGCACAGAAGAGGAAGCUGACUGACGCCUCGCUGGUGACGGGGUCCGAGCCGCCGAGUGGCGAACGGCCGGUCAAGCGGCAGAAAAAGCGACCGCCUGCGAAGCCGCCUCAGAACGGGCAACAACAGCUCGCUCUCCCGGCGGUGAGCGCGUCGCAUGCUGUGUCGGUGGCCGGCGGGUACUCAUCGGUGCCGUCGUAUCAGCAGAGGCGCGUCGGUGCCGGAAACGGGAGCGUGCGUGUAGUGAGCUCAGCGCGCGCCAGUGAGUGGGAAAUGGACGAUGAACUGGACGAUGAAACGCUCGAACUACUUACCCGACCACGGAGGUGGUAUGCCUCGCGUACGUGAUCGUUGGGCGCGUGGUGCUUACGAGCGGACGUGCCACUAGUGGUGCGACGUGCCGCAGCUGUGACAGAAGUCAGUAUGUGCCUGUCGGCUUGUCUGUUGAUGCGCGUUUCGUUCCAAUGCAGCCGAAAUAUCAAGCUCACGUUAGGGCGUGAUUAAGCUGAUACUAGCUGAUUAGUUAAGGUUAUUGAGUUCAAAGGCGGGGAAUGCCACGCGAUGUUUGCAGUAGGUAUCAUAGUUUCCUGGUCAUGAAAUACAUUGUCAUUUUGCUGUC